CUGUUUAUGUACCGAACAAAUAAGCUGAAGAGAGACGCAGACUUGGAAGGGUUUUGUUGGUCCGCAGCUUCACCUUAUCCCCCAUUUCGUCUGCCGUCGCCAAUCGAAAGCAUCCGAUCCGAUCUGGUGCCACAGACCAUGCAGAAGGUCUCUUCGCUCUCCGAGCUCGGCUUCGCCGACGACGUCCACCGCGCUCUCUUCCGCCCCAUCCACCAGGCGGCGCCGCCGUCCCCCACCAGCCGCCGGACCAAGAUCUCCGUCAUCGGCGCCGGAAACGUCGGAAUGGCCAUCGCCCAGACCAUCCUCACCCAGGACCUCACUGAUGAGCUCGCCCUCGUCGACGCUAAGCCCGACAAGCUCCGUGGCGAGAUGCUCGACCUGCAGCACGCCGCGGCCUUCCUUCCCCGCACUCGCAUCCUCGCAUCCACCGACUACGCCGUCACCGCCGACUCCGAUCUCUGCAUCAUCACCGCAGGAGCCCGCCAGAUCCCCGGGGAGACGCGGAUCGACCUCCUGCAGCGCAACCUGACCCUGUUCAAGGAGAUCGUGCCGCCGCUGGCGAGGCACUCGCCGUCGGCCUUGCUUCUAGUCGUGUCUAACCCGGUGGACGUGCUGACGUACAUCGCGUGGAAGCUGUCGGGGUUCCCGCCCAAUAGGGUCAUCGGAUCGGGGACCAACCUCGACUCCUCGCGCUUCCGUUUCCUCCUCGCCGAUCACCUUGAGGUCAACGCCCAAGACGUGCAGGCGUACAUGGUGGGGGAGCACGGCGACAGCUCGGUGGCGCUGUGGUCGAGCAUCAGCGUGGGGGGCGUGCCGGUGCUGGGUCAGCUUGCGAGCGACGACAACAAGGCGGCAGUGGUGAUGGAACAGGGGGUGUUGGAGCGGAUCCGGAAGGCGGUGGUGGACAGCGCGUACGAGGUGAUCCGUCUCAAGGGCUACACCUCCUGGGCCAUCGGCUACUCCGUCGCCAGCCUCGCCCGCUCCCUCCUCCGCGACCAGCACCGCAUCCACCCCAUCUCGCUCCUCGCCGCCGGCUUCUACGGCAUCCCCUCGGAUCGCAAGGUCUUCCUCAGCCUCCCCGCCCAGCUCGGCCGCUCCGGCGUCCUCACCGUCGCCAACGUCCACCUCACCGACGAGGAGGCCGCCCGUCUCCGCCAUUCCGCCGCCACCCUAUGGGAGCUCCAGCAGAAGCUCGACGUGUGAUCGAUGGAAUGGAGGAUAACUGCUAUUUCCUAUCUAAUAACCGUGGAAUUGUAUCUUCUGCGGAAAUGUUCUGUGUAUGCUGCUUAAGCAAGGGUUCUGUGGACAUUUUGGUUUAAUAUCUAUCUUCGUUUUAUCUGCAAUAAUUUCAACAA